AUGGCGGGCGAAAACAUACCCGUGGGGUCUCUCAUUCAACUCCCGAUCUUGGACAUCUCGAAUCCGAACGACCCCGCUGUGGGGAAGGCGAUGCUGGACGCAGCCGCGAAAUAUGGCUUCCUCUACGUGAGCAGCAAAGGAACUGACUUCAGUGCCAGUGAUGUCAAGAAUGCUUUUGAUCUUUCGAGGAAGUUCUUUAAGUCCCCUGUGGAGGAAAAGGCGGCUUGUCCGAUCCAGCCCAAUAACUAUGGCUGGUCCGGUAUGCAUGUCGAGACACUGGAUCCAGAACACCAACGGACGGGCGACUUCAAAGAGGCAUUCAACUUUGGGGAGUUCAAAGAUGGAAAGGCUCAACACCCAUUGCCGCAAUCAUUGACUUCACAUGAAUCGGAAAUAGCUCACUUCGCAGACCUCUGUAACAAAACCUGCGACAGGAUUCUCAAGUUGCUAGCACUGGGACUCGAGAUACCUGAGGACUUCUUCACAGCUCGUCACGACCCCAGUCAAGGCCCGACAGGCUGUAUUCUGCGUUACCUCUAUUACCCUUCAAUCGCCUCCCCGGCGACCUCAUCCUACAAGCACGGCACCGACGUUCGUGCAGGUGCCCAUUCCGAUUAUGGCAGCGUCACCUUACUGUUUCAGCGUCCGGGCCAGCCAGGCUUGGAGAUCCUGACGCCAGAAGGAACCUGGGCACCCGUCCCAGUGCAACCGGGGCAGACUGCUGAGGAAGACCGGGAUGCUGCCUUCCCGUUCCCUCCUAUCCUAGUCAAUAUCGGUGACCUGCUCAGCUACUGGACGGAUGGGCUACUGAAAUCAACCGUCCACCGCGUCGUUUUCCCACUAUCUGAGCAACAGAGUCCCAACCCGCAGGAUCGUUACAGUAUCGUCUUCUUUUGCCACCCCCUGGAUAAGACAGAACUGGUCCCUGUCCCCAGUGACAUAGUAACCGCCUAUCGGCAGAAGUGCAAGGAGAGUGGUGUCCAGGACGAGAAAGUUGGCUUCGGCGGCGGAGCGGGGAGUCUGGAGCCAGGCAAACGAACCCUGACGGCUCGAGAACACUUAGAGUCACGUUUGGCUGCAACGUACAAGUUCGAUAAAUGA